AUGAGGAUCUUGGUUGAAGAUAUCAUGUUGGAAAUGUCUAGUCUGCAAAGUCCUGGUAGACAAAAUGUCUAUAGAAUAAGUGGCCUACACACCAGAACUUUCCAUGAACCAUCUGAGGUGGAGGUGAAUGAAGAGCCAGCAAAUGAAGAUAUGAAUGAAUCAGUGGAAGCUGACUUGGAGCACUCACAGAUAGAAGAGGAAGGACAGUCUCUGAUCUGCUAUUCAAGCCACAGAAACAGCAACCAAGGGGUACCAUUUGGGCAGGAAGAGGAAGGGAUGCUAGCUCGAUCAGCCAGCACUGAGAGUGAUUUCCACAAUCACAUGGACAUGGUAGAAAGGGAUGUUAUAGCCACAGCAGAGCAUGGCUAUGAUGUAGAUAUAGUACAGGAGAAUGAGGAUGAGAGUAUAUAUGCAGUGCAGUACAGGCCUGAGUCUGAGGAGUACACAGAAAAUGCUGAAGCAGAGCACACUGAGGCUGUUCAUAAUCAAACACUGCCUGAUCAUGUACAUUUCCACUCCAUUGAACAUGAAGAAACCAUGAAUGCAGUGUACUCAGGUUAUGUCUACACUCACCAGCCCCUCCGCCAAGGAGAGGAUGAGCAGUAUGCUGAGCCCUAUGCUGACUAUAGGCAGCAGGAGCAUGUGUAUGAGGAGAUUGGGGAUGUGCUGGACCUUGAUGUUAGGGAGGGGCUUCACCUCUAUGAGUGGGAAAGGGAGGAAGCUGACAACUAUCGCAAGGAAGCUCUUGGUGCCCGCCUUCACCAUUAUGAUGAACGAUCUGAUGGAGAGUCGGACAGCCCUGAGAAAGAGGCAGAGUUUGCUCCAUAUCCAAGAAUGGACAGCUAUGAACAAGCGGAAGAUAUUGAUCAGAUCGUGGCAGAGGUGAAACAGAGUAUGAGCUCUCAGAGCUUGGACAAGGCUGCUGAAGACAUGCUAGAGGCAGAGGAGAGCUUGGAGCAUGUUCAAGCUCUCCCUGGCAGGGAGCAUGAAAGCAAUGGUCAACUGUCAGCUGGCUCUAGGGCCACAGCCAACUCAGGAGAGUCAGUACAGAGGUGCAAAAAGGAAAAAAGGGAUGCAAUAUCACUGGCCAUCAAAGAUAUUAAAGAAGCUAUUGAGGAAGUAAAGACAAGGACUCUUCAUUCUCCUUAUACCCCUGAUGAACCAAAAGAACCUAUUUGGGUGAUGAGGCAGGACAUUAGCCAAACCAGGGACUGUAAUGAUCAGAGGCCACUAGAUGGAUACUCUCUAUCUCCUGAUUCCUCUCCACCCUGGGGUGCAGAACCAAGUAGGCAACAUCAUCAGGAUGUCUGCAGUACAGCAGAGACCUCCAUUAACAAAGAGUCCAGAAAAAGCUUGGUUUCAUUCCCAACAUAUGUUGAAGUUCCUGGACCUUGUGAUCCUGAAGACUUGAUUGAUGGAAUAAUUUUUGCUGCCAAUUACCUUGGCUCCACUCAACUCCUUUCUGACAAAACUCCCUCCAAGAAUGUGAGAAUGAUGCAGGCACAAGAGGCUGUCAGCAGAAUCAAGGCUCCAGAAGGUGAAUCUCAACCCGUGACUGAAGUGGACCUCUUAAUUUCUACACAGAGAAUAAAAGUAUUGAAUGCAGACACACAGGAAACUAUGAUGGAUCAUCCUCUAAGGACCAUUUCUUACAUUGCAGAUAUAGGGAAUAUAGUUGUUCUGAUGGCUCGUAGACGAAUGCCACGAUCAAAUUCCCAGGAUAAUGUGGAAGCAUCUCACCCCUCCCAAGAUGGAAAAAGGCAAUACAAAAUGAUUUGCCAUGUCUUCGAGUCUGAGGAUGCACAGCUGAUUGCACAGUCUAUAGGUCAAGCAUUUAACGUGGCCUACCAGGAAUUUCUGAGGGCAAAUGGAAUCAAUCCAGAAGACCUAAGCCAGAAGGAAUAUAGUGACUUGCUCAAUACCCAGGACAUGUACAAUGAUGACCUGAUUCAUUUUUCCAAAUCUGAAAACUGCAAAGAUGUUUACAUUGAAAAGCAAAAGGGAGAAAUUCUAGGUAUAGUGAUCGUGGAAUCUGGCUGGGGAUCCAUUUUGCCUACAGUUAUCAUAGCCAACAUGAUGCAUGGAGGACCAGCAGAGAAGUCUGGGAAAGUAAAUAUAGGGGAUCAGAUCAUGUCAAUUAAUGGGACCAGUUUGGUUGGCUUACCACUUUCAACAUGCCAGAGCAUUAUAAAGGGUUUGAAAAACCAAGCCCAAGUUAAACUGAAUGUAGUUAGAUGUCCUCCGGUAACCACAGUCUUGAUCAGGAGACCUGACCUCAGAUACCAGUUAGGCUUCAGUGUACAGAAUGGGAUUAUCUGUAGCCUUAUGAGAGGAGGUAUAGCAGAGCGAGGAGGAGUACGAGUUGGCCAUCGUAUCAUUGAAAUCAAUGGGCAGAGUGUUGUAGCAACACCUCAUGAAAAAAUUGUUCACGUUCUCUCAAAUGCUGUUGGUGAGAUUCAUAUGAAGACCAUGCCAGCUGCUAUGUACAGACUGUUAACUGCGCAAGAGCAACCAGUUUAUAUCUAAAGCUGACAUCUCACCUUCACAAUAUGCAUGAAGGAUAGUUUUCCUCAUUACUACUUCUGUUUCUAGUUCUGCAUUUGUAUCCACAGAUACAUUUCUCUCUCUCCCCAACAUUUGCUGUGUAUAGAGGAGGAGGGAAAAUAUAGCCAUGAGACUUUUUGGUUGCAUCUCUAUACAAAUAAAGCUUUAUGCAACUCCACACACAGGGUAAAUAGCAACAGCAGCAGUGUCCAUGGUAAAAUUCACAAAAAGAUGACUUACAUGUCUAUGAAGAAUGAGUAACUGAUGCUGUCAUAAAACCAAUUGUUCAAAUGCACACCUUUUAGUUUCUAUCCUUCAGUAUAGUAGAACCCCAAAAGGUGCUCCAUGAAUUGGUAUAGAUAAUGCAGUUUUGACAUGUUUUGGCAAAUAAUUCAGGAUAUGUGAUUUUUUGCAGUUGGGUUCCCUAUUUUUCUAAUCUUCGAAAUACUUUUUUUUCAAAUGCAAUGUCUUUUAUAUGCUCAUUUCAGAGGUUAAAUGAGGCAGGAGGUGAGUGAUCUCUAGAUAUCCAGCAAGAGUAAUAUUGAGGGGGUUUUCUGAGAAGCUAUACAUUCUAAGUUCUUAAUUACAGAUUUGGUACACACAACUGUGUGCUUGUGUAUACUGACAUUUUUAAAUUGUGAUUGAUAUUUAUGAAGCUUGAAAAUAAUAGUUCUGCACACUAAGUAAUUUUGUUACACUGAGCCAGUUUAAAAGUAUUUUUUGUUGAAAGACAUCUAGUUUUAAUGGCAUUUGUUUAGACAGAUAAAUGGGAGAAGUAAACGUAAGGUAGGAAUAAAUUUAUUUAUUUUGCUAUGUAAGUUAAUUUGUGUUUUGGUUUUCCAUAUGACAGAGAAUGUGUGAGUAUUACAUGGAUUUUUAUGAAGAAAUGUAGAGAUGUAUGAAAUGCAGGAUUUGAUUGGUCUAUAACUUAUAUCAGGGAAAAAGGGGAAAACCACUAAAAUAAUAAAGCAGCUGAUGGCUCUUUUUCCUCAAUAAGAAAACAUUCUAUUUUGUGUAGCUACAUUUUGUCUGUACUGCAUACUGCUGUUUACACUGAAUUUGAACCAUAUAUUUAGACCAGGCUGAUGCACUGUAUUUUCUGAAAGCAACAGUUUCUGCCUUGUCUUAUUUUGAUAUAAAGGCUCGGUGUGAUUAAAAACAAGAUCAGAACACAUAUAGGGAAAAAAAAAUCCCAUCCUUUUAGCUUGAAAAUGGUGUGAUGCUUAUAGCCAUUAGUUUCUCAGUUACUGUGGAAUGGACUGCGGAGUGCAUUGUGUUUGGAAACUAGUAAUGAUACCUGGACUUUAUUCCAGAGAUUUUGUUUAUAUGUGUAUACACAUGCACACUUCUGUUGAUGAGAUCCAUGAAAACUCUGUUUUUACCUGAGCACUUGGUUUCCAUCUGUGGUCAGAGGUUUAUUGUUGCCUUUCAGAAACCAUGGACAUACAUGGGAUGAACAGAGAGAAAGAGAAAAUAAGCUUUAUAUUUCAACAGGCAGUAAGGGAGAUAAUAGAACAGAGCAUAAGCUAUUGUACUAAUGAAUACAUUUUAGUUUGAAAAUCAAUGACUUGAUUUACUGCAGUUCUUGUUGCAUAAUUCAAUCUUGAUCUCUGGAAUAGCAGAUUUUGCAAGCAAAUGGUGUUAGUAUUCCAGGUUAGUAUUUACCUCUGCUAUCAGACUGAUGUAAAUAGAUUGUGAAUGACUUGUGAUUAGAAUUUUUAAUUGUAGAUAUCUGGAUUAUGGAGAUAAUUUGAAAAUUUUCAUAACUUCUUAUAAAUAUAGUAAUAUAUCUAAAUAUUAUAUAUAAACAUAUAUUGUUUAGUAGGUUAUAUACAGUGCAGCCUUUCCAUGUUGCCUGAGGAAACUCAGUCUUGAAGACAGUUAUCACACUUCUGAUUCCUGCUGUGUUUUACACCCUCAACUUCACUUGUUUUUAUGGUUCUGUCCAACUCAUGUUGAGGGGUUUUCCCAUUGACUUCAAUGGGAGAUGAAGAAAACCUAAGCACACAAAAAAAUGAAUAAUUAAAAACAAGGCUGUUUUCCUGUAAUUAAGCUUACACCUAGUUAUAAGCACCAAAGUACCUAACCUGUUGACUUCAUGGUAAACAGAUGCUUAAAGCUAAGCAUGUGAAUGCUUAUAGGAUUGGAGUCUAGUAAAGAAUCUUCAUUGUUCCAAGUAAUUGUAAUAUGUGUAUUAAAUUUCUACACUGGGAAGUUUCCAGUGUGCACUCCAGAUAAGUCUUGUAAACAAUCCCACAGUUUUAGUUUGCAAAAGUAAAGAUAGUUGCAAGAAAAAUGAGCUGUAAAGGAAGAGUUAACAGUUUUCUAUAGUAGUGCAGUAGUUUAUUAGAUUAGAUGUGUGAAUUCUUCAUGGAUUCAAAAGAAUAAACUGCCAUUUUGCAUUCUUUCUUCUGUAUAAAGGUCUGAAAAGUUUUUUCCCUCUUCACUAUUUACUAUAUUCUUAUUAAUGCUUCAAUAGUUACAUUAAGGAUGAAACAUUCUUCUUGGUUUUAUUAGCAAGUUUCCCCAGUUGUUCUGAAUCUUGUUUUGAUUUGAGAUUUGAUUGGAAUUUCCAGAUUUGUUUUGUUUUGUGUGGUUUUUUCCUUAAUUUUCUAAAUGAAUUCAGUUUCUGAAGAUGGCAAUGUGCAUGAGAUCUCUUGCACAUAUUUUGUGCAGUGCCUAAACUCUCUUGUAUUAUUGUUCUGUAAAAAGGUUGAAUGGGAAUUAUUAUAAAGUAUUGGAAACACUGAACUUGGUGAUCUCUGUCUCUGUGUAAAUGAGCCUAGAAUGUGAGUGUGCACAUCUGAAUGUAAUUCCUCUGAUGUUUUUUGUCAGAGGUCUUUGACCCUUUCUCUGUAAUGGAACUGCAAAGGUUUCAUUUGGGGGUGUGUGUGUGUGUGAGUUUGGGUUGAGGAGGAGUUGCCAUCCAUUUUGUUGUGAUGUAUUUACUGUGCUACAUUCCUUUAUUUAGCAGAGCACUAAUGUCUAUAAGAAUUGUAAAAAUAAAAUAUAGAACAAAAAUACCUCAGACAAGGCUGAGAGUUUGCUGAUAAUAAUUUAGGGCUUACCCCACCCCACCCCCACCCCCUCUUAUUAAAUAUGUUAUCACAGAGUCGCUACCACUGCUGCUGAUUGGCUCAGCCUUGGCCAGCAGUGGAUCUGUCUUGGAGACAGCUGUCGUUGGCUCUAUCAGACAUAGGGGAAGCUUCUAGCAGCUUCUCAUAGAAGCCACCCCUGUAGCCCCCCUGCUAUCAAAACCUUGCCAUGCAAACCCAAUACAACUGUGCUGCUUAUGAGUCUGUUUCACUGUGCCUGGGAACAUUUUGAUAAAAGAACUAGCCAUGCGCUUUCCCCUGGCAUUGAUGCCAUUCCUUUGCUGGAUGAGGCAUCUUGUGGAGAGAAUGAGGGAUUACACCUCCCACUUCUUUGGGCUUGAUGUGUCUAGUUUUGUUAAGUGGGCUCACAAGGUUCUUGUACAUCCUUAUGUAAACUUUUUGAAUCU